UCAGAUGGGAGUCAGUGCAGAGGGUGCAGACACUCACACACAUACACAACCACACACACGCACACACACAGUCACUCACACACAGACACGCGCACUUCCACGCUCAAAGGAACUCACUGGAAGUUUGGAGAUGUCCGAGAAUCGGCACAACUUUCACAUCACUUCUGGAGAUCUUUGAAAACACAAGAGGAGUUUUAUUUUGACUUCACGCGCAGUUUAUCCUCACGUCAUCGGAUCACCAGAGGGGGGGAUUGUCUUUUUAUUCUCUUUAUUAUACUCUGUGGAUCUCACGUUAUUCCGGUACCAUGUCCUCCGGUGAUUCCUCCGGUGAUGCCCCGGAGCUGAGUCGACGGGUCAGCGUGCUGUCCUGGGAUCAGGUGCGGCGUUUGGACUCCAUCCUCGGGGAGAGCGUCCCGAUCCACGGUCGGGGAAACUUCCCCACUCUGUCCGUGCAGCCCCGGCAGAUCGUGCAGGUGGUCAGGGCUCGACUGGAGGAGCGAGGCGUGGGGGUUUGUGACGUCAAGCUGAACGGCUCAGCGGCCAGCCACGUGCUCCACGAGGACAACGGCCUUGGCUACAAAGACCUGGACCUGAUCUUUGGCCUGAAGCUGACUGAUGACAAAACCUUCCGUCUGGUGAAGGACGUGGUGCUGGACUGCCUGGUGGAUUUCCUGCCCGAAGGCGUGUGCAGGGAGCGAAUCACGCAGCUCGCCCUGAAGGAAGCUUACGUGCAGAAACUGGUGAAAGUUUGCAAUGACACGGAUCGCUGGAGCCUCAUCUCGCUGUCCAACAACUCCGGCAAGAACGUGGAGCUGAAGUUCGUGGACUCCCUGAGAAGGCAGUUUGAGUUCAGCGUCGACUCCUUCCAGAUCACGUUGGACUCGCUGCUGCUCUUUGACCGCUGCUCGGAGACGGCCAUGUCCGAGACCUUCCAUCCUACGGUGCAGGGUGAGAGCAUGUACGGAGACUUUGAAGAGGCUCUGGGUCACCUUCACUCCAGGACUAUUGCCACCCGCAGCCCAGAAGAGAUCCGGGGCGGCGGACUGCUCAAGUACUGCCACCUGCUGGCGCGCGGCUUCCGGCCGGACUCCGAGACCGAGAUGAAACAGAUGCAGCGCUACAUGUGCUCGCGCUUCUUCAUUGACUUCCCCGACAUAAGCGUGCAGCAGCGGAAACUGGAGGCUUAUCUGCAGAACCACUUCGUGGGCAUGGAGCACAAGCGCUACGAGUGCCUGGUGACGCUGAGGCGAGUGGUGGACGAGAGCACGGUGUGUCUGAUGGGCCACGAGCGCCGACAGACUCUCGCUCUUAUUUCCGCGCUGGCGUUGCGCGUAAUGGCCGAACAGAUAGCUAUCCCCGCCCUGUCCAACAUCACCUGCUACUACCAGCCCGCGCCCUAUGUCAGAGACGUCAACUUCAGCAAUUAUUACGUGGCACAGGUCCAGUCGCCCAUGCUGACGUGCAACUCUUAUCGAACAUGGCUGCCUUGCAGUUGAGCAAUGACUUUCCGGAUGUGAUUUAAGCAAGUUUUCCCCUUUUUACUUUACAUUGAUGUAUGAGCGCUCGGUGCCUCUGAGGCUGUUGUUGGUUGUGGGCCCCUCAUGGACAAAAAAGAGUUCAUGUACUUUUUGUUUGCCAAAUAUUAAAUCAAAAGCAUCCCUCUAAGUUAUGUUGAUUCAAACUGCUGUUAAACAAUUGAAAUCCAAUUCGAGCCAUUACCAUUUUUACCCUGUUGUCGCUUCAUAACCGAGGUGGAAAACAUAUGAAGGGUUGUUCUGUUUGUUGUCUGACAGCAGAUCUUGCAUUGGGUCUUUAUAAUGAAAUGUAUAUAAUUUGUACGAAACCAGAAAGCUGUUUUUGUUCUGUCUGUGGUUUCAGCUGACCUGAUGGAAAGGGAAAGGACCAAAGAAAUACUCUUCUUGUGUAGCAGGACAAACGUGGACCCAAGUGCCUGAAAGUGACUUGUAGUAUUUGCUCUGUAAGAAUUGAUUUUGAAACGUGUUUUCAUCCAGGUUACUUUACAUUUCUAUAUCCAAGGUCAGGGUGUGUGUUUUUAAAUCAUUAAAGAAAAUCUCUAAAAUGGAAA